ACCGCCUCUUAUUUAUGUGUACUUGCCACGGGGGCCUGGCACCCAAAGGGCCCUGAUCUCAGCAACUGCACUUCCCACUGGGUCAACCAAGUAGCCCAGAAGGUAUGUAUGAGCUGUACUGCCUCAGUGUUUUGAGCUACAGUAUAAGUAAAUGUACUAAUUCCCUUAAAAUACUAUAGGUACUGCAGUGCUUGAAGUGGAAUGAAAAAGGUGCCUGUAAUCAUUUUAAUCUUACAGUAGUGGUGCUCAUAUUUUAUAUUCGAUAAGAGGUACCGGUAAUCUGUACCGGUGUGAACUGGCUCAAUUCAAGCCCUGUAAUAAUUGUAUAUUCCUCUAUCCCUUAUAUGGCACCUCUUUCCUUUCAUCUUCCACCAUUUAUGAUGAUAAAAGAGUCAAAAUAGCCGCGGGCCAUCCACUAGGGUGCUCUGUCUGCUGUUUGUUCUGAUAAGUGACUCAGACAUGGAAUGUGUAGUAAUUUAAGCACGACGGACAACCCUUCAUCAUUUUGUAUCCUUGUGUUCACUUCCAUCAAAUGAGAAAUACAGCACCCCAAGGAGUGUUAUUAAGUGUAAUUAGUCACCCAUCUCUUAUAUGGGGCAGCUCAUCCUAGAAUGACCUCACGUCAGAACGGGAGGGAGAGAGCCUCAUAGUCUGGUCCCAGAUCUGUAUGUGAUUAAGCCAAUAGCAUAAUAACCAUAGUCAGAGGACGACAAACAGAUCUGGGUACAGUACUUAGCCAAGUUGAUACUACCAGCCAUUUCAGUUACUCAUUUUAAAACAUAGAAAGCCAUAACAAAUGCCUUUAGUAUAAAGGUUAAUUCAUGCUUAUAACAAGUCUUAAGCCUAUAACAUGGCUGUAAGAAUAUCAAAUUCAAUAAAAUUCCUAAAACCCCAAAUAGCUAGCAUUGCAGAGGCAAAAGCACAGUGGCCAGGAAAAACUCCCUAGAAGGCAGUAGCCUACGAAAAAACCUAGAGAGGAACCAGGUUCAGUGUUACCAAUAAAGUGUUACAAAUAUAUUUUUUAUUGCUCCAGAUCCGUAGUGGCGAGAACGCAGCUAACCUGGCCAACGAGCUGGCCAAGCACACCAAAGGGCCCAUCUUUGCCGGCGACGUGAGUUCGUCAGUCCGACUGAUGGAACAGCUGGUCGACAUCCUGGAUGCUCAGCUUCAGGAGCUGAGACCCAGCGAGAAAGACUCUGCGGGCCGCAGUUUUAAC